GCAUACAGUAGGAGGCGAGUGGUCUUCGCUGACGAAAGCAUUGCCUGUGCUCUGCUCAGAUAGACACCCGAGAAUGCUCAUUGGUUACUGAUUAUCAGGCGCGAAAGCAGUCUAAUGCGAAUUAGUUGAACAGUCGAGGGAUAUUUUAAGACCGUAGGAAGUAUUUGAGGCCGGCCAUAUACGCAUGAGGUAUUGAAGCGUAAACCUCACUGAAACCAUCAGGAACCUAGAGCUCUGUGCACACCAACUACCGUCACAACCAUCUUCGGAACGAUUUUACUUGCAGGUUGACCAGAGGCAAGCAUGAACCGGGCAUCCAUACUCAGGACUGUAGUGGUGCUCCUGCUUGUUUCCCUCGUCGAAAGGUCUCUGGCUUUGCCUGAUGGAGCUCCCGAAGGCACAUGUGAUGACAUGAUGCCUUUCCACGUUGGGUCCAAGCAUCUAAAUGGAAGCGACUCUCCGUAUAUGCUGGUGCAGGAGAAGGAAACAUUCGAGCCAAAUGAAAGCAUCUCAGUACAACUUCAUGUGAAAAGCUCGUACUUUCGGGGCUUCCUGGUAAAGGCGUUCAGCGAGCAAGGUGAGGAUGUUGGCCAUUUUCUGGAAGGACCAAACUACAAGCCGAUGGAGACAUGCUCUGGAGCAACCCACGAGAGCAACAACGACAAAAAGAACGUGAAAUUUGUCUGGAAAGCCCCCGUUGACAAGUCCGGAAGUGUGCGCUUCAAGGCAACUGUCGUGCACGACUACAGCCUUUUCUAUACAGAUCUGUGGAGCACGGUGAAAAGAAGGCAUCAUCUAUCAGAUCAGUCUCCUGGUUUGCUCAAUAAACAUCAGUAAACUGGUUGUAUUUUA